UCCAAUUUUCGGAACUCCAGUAGGAGAGAGAAAGAGGGACACCUAUGUACUAUAACUGUUGAGAGAGCGAGAACCACCAAACGGCUAUAAUUAACGUUUCCAAGUAGUGUCCCAGAGCGGAAAUUAGAAGAUAACCCAAAAGGAGGAUGUGUUGUUUGUAGGCUGUAUCAUUACUGUAAUUGGAAAUGAUUAGAGGGGUUUGAUAAGGGUUUCUAAGGAUUUGUAUAUACAUAGUGCCUUCAUAGAGGGAGAAGACUUUAAGAGAGAGAGAGAGAGAGAGAGAGAGCGAGAGAAUCGGAGAUAGAGAAGGGGUUUUGAAUCGGCAUUUGUGGGGAUCUCUAUAUUUUGGAUCCUCAUGAUGCCUGAUGGUUAUUACAGUUCGAAAAAGAGUGAUGAUAUAUGUGAAGACGUUUGUGGCCAGCAGGCAACAUGUACAGCAUUGAGCAUGUCAAGACUCCGAUGUUUGCUUCAGGGCCUCGAUUUAAAGACCUUCAUAUUUUUGUUUGUAAUCGUGCCAACUGGCAUUGUUGGUAUAUAUUUUCAUGGUCAGAAGAUUACAUACUUCCUACGGCCUCUGUGGCAAUCUCCUCCAAAGCCUUUCAUUGAGAUACCCCACUAUUAUCAUGAGAAUGUGUCGAUGGAGACUCUUUGCAAACUUCAUGGUUGGGGAAUUCGUGAUUAUCCAAGGCGGGUUUUUGAUGCAGUUCUAUUUAGCAAUGAAGUUGACAUGCUUACAAUCCGAUGGAAAGAAUUGUAUCCUUAUAUCUCACAGUUUGUUCUUCUCGAAUCAAACUCAACGUUUACUGGUUUGCCCAAGCCAUACUAUUUUGCUAUUAAUAGGGAUCAAUUCAAAUUUGUUGAGCCUCGGCUGACUUACGGGACAAUUGGGGGAAGAUUUAGGAAAGGUGAAAACCCAUUUGUGGAAGAGGCAUAUCAGAGAGUGGCCCUGGACCAGCUUCUCAGAAUAGCAGGUAUAGAGGAUGAUGAUAUGUUGAUAAUGUCUGAUGUUGAUGAGAUCCCCAGCAGCCACACAAUCAAUCUCUUGAGGUGGUGUGAUAAUGUCCCUCAUAUCCUUCACCUUCAUCUAAGGAACUACUUGUAUUCUUUUGAGUUCCAUUUGGAUCAUAAAAGCUGGAGAGCUUCCGUCCACAGGUACCAGAAGGGUAAGACUAGGUAUGCACACUAUCGUCAGACUGACUUCCGCUUGGCAGAUGCUGGUUGGCAUUGUAGCUUUUGCUUCCGCCAUAUUAAAGAAUUCAUAUUCAAGAUGAAAGCUUACAGCCAUAAUGAUCGUGUGAGGUUCUCUCAUUACCUAAACCCCAAAAGGAUUCAAGAGGUGAUUUGCAAUGGAGCUGACCUGUAUGAUAUGUUUCCCGAGGAGUACACAUUUAAAGAUAUCAUUGGGAAGCUGGGACCUAUUCCUCAUUCUUAUUCAGCGGUUCAUCUUCCUGCCUAUUUGUUGAACAAUGCUGACAAGUACAACUAUCUUUUGCCUGGGAGUUGCAGAAGAGAAGAUGGCUGAGUUUCUCUUAGAAUGAGGCGCUUUUUCUUUAGAAAAUUUCUAGGCUUUAAGUUGCAGAUUUUGUGUUGCACCAUGAAAGGACCUUAUGGGGUGUCUGAUGACUGUUGUGUUUAACUAAUAGAUACAAGUAUACCAGUUAUCCAACAAACUAGGUCAUUUUUUUAGAGAAAUUCCGGUAGACUUGGUGGGUUCUUGGAUUAUUGGGGUUUAACUUGUACAUUUUCUGUUUAAUGGUCUUGAGUUCUUCUCGGAUGGAGGCAAAUACUUUUGCCAAGUGAAGAGUUGAGACCCUGAAAUUGCAGCAGAAUGACAUUUUCUCAUGCUUUUCUACUAUGGGUUCCAUUUUCCUCCCUUUUCUAUUCUGUUCCAUUUUUUCCUCCAAAAAAACCUUAUC